AUGGUCUGUGGGAUCUACAAUAUUGCAACGGUGCUCAAAUCCCAACUCAAAUCCGUGAAAACUAAGUUCAAAUCGAAGAAAACCCUAACCAUAAAUCAAAGAGAAAUGAUACUCACGAAGGUCUCGUCCGCUUGCGAGUUUAAGAGGGGGGACAUAGAAUCUUCGCUGCUAGUUUCGCCGUCCUUCCAGGACACCAUUGCUGCGGCGGCCGUCGGCGACAAAUGGGCGGCGGAGGCGGUGGCAAACGCGCCGCGGACAGAGAAGAAGGCGGCCGAGAGAGAGGGGAAUGGACGAAUGGGUCAGGCUGGGUCGGGCCGGCUCGUUAGAAAUCAACCAGGUUUGCUCACCACCAAUCCAGAGUGCUUCGAAGGACUGGUGGCAUGCGCCGAAAAGAUAGGUGUGCCCCGUGGUUAUGGGAUGUUCAGGCACAUGCGGCAUGCUAUUGCAUUCGAUAGCGAGGAGACCAUCACAGCCAGAGUGGAGCACUUGAAGACCACGUUCAUGUGGACGGAUGGUGACGUGGGAAUUGUUGUUUCUAGGUUCCCAUUGAUGCUGACGAGGUCCAAAGAAUCACUGCAGCGUAGGUCUGAGUUCCUCAUCUCCGAGGUGGGCUUGGAACCGGCGUACAUUGCUCAUUGA